GGCUUGCCCCAGGGCUGGGCGGUGGAGGUGUAGCUGGCAGCCGUGGGCAGGUGAAGACAGUGCUCUGCCGGGCCAGCCUUGUCUCCAGUGGGUGUGGACGCGCUUGCCAGCCUCGGAGGCCGGGCGCCUGGAUGUGGACAGAGAGACAUGACAUGGUCCGGUGUGACGGCGAGGAAAGACGGGACGCUGUCCGGCCUCCCUGAACAUUCUCGGCUGGCCCCGCGGGGGAGCUGGAACACCCAGCAUCUCUGUUCCUUUACUUUCCUGAAGGAGCCAAUACACUACUGCUGCUCUCUGGACCACCAGAACCCUCAAGAUGACAAGAAAUGGUGCUACCCAGCUCAUGCCUGGGCCUUGGAACCCGGACUUCUUCAAGUCUUUCUAGCUCUAAGAAUAUGCUGCAUUCUGGAACCACUACACACCCUGACUCAGGAAUCAGCUCUGGAAGGUUGAGCUAAAGGAACGGACGACCCACGCCACCGGAAGAGCAGCGCGCGGCGCCACCCACCCCCACCCGGCGACCCCAUCUUUGCGGCUACGCCCUGCCGCGGCCCAGAGACCACCACCAGCCUCCCGCCCUCCUUUUCAUCCUUUUCUCUGUCUCUUUUCUUCUCUUCUCUCCUCUGUUCUUUGCUCAGAAGACUCAGAGCGUCCAGAACCCUGUCUCCCCGUCCCUCCUGAAUUAAUUUGCACUAAGUCGUUUGCACUGGUUUGGGGUUCUGGAACAAGCCUGGGUCUCUCAGCGAGUGAGUGAAUGAGCUGCUGAGUGGCCGGGCCUCCUCGGCCUGCGCCCCCCCCAGCGCCCACCUCUCAUCCAUCUCUGUCUGGGGGCGACUGGGAGGGGGCCCGAGUGUGUGGGGCCCCGCCCUCCCCUCACCUAGUCUGGACGCUCCUAACAUCGAGAGCAAACCUCCAAGCAUUCCAUUGUGUGUCUAUCUCGCUCUGUGUCCCUCCCUGCCAGGGCCUCCCCAGAAGCCCUGGACUCAUCAAUAAACACAGUUACAGG